AUGGAAGGACAAGGAAUUGGACGGGGUCAACAGCCAGAGAGAAGAAGAAGAGGAAGAGGAGUGAGGCUGCGUGGCGGAGGAGUUGGGAGGCAAAACAGAGGAAGAGGCAGAAGAGGCCGAGGACAUAUGCGUGUUCCUGAUGAGAUAAGAGCCACACUUGUAGACCACGUUCUCAAUCAUGGGCUUACAAUGGCCGAGGCUGGUCGAAGGGUGCAGCCAAAUGUUGGGAGAACAACUGUGUCCUCAAUCAUUCAGACUUUUCGUCGACAGAACAGGACUGCAAGACAACUUCACAGGGGUGGCAGAGGGCCCCUUUUCACACCUGAACAGGAGGAGGCUAUUUGCACCAUGGUUGUAGAAAACAAUGCCAUAAGACUAAGGGAGAUAAAGAGUGCCAUUAUAGAGGACAACAACAUCUUUGAAAACAUCCAAACAGUCAGCAUCUCAACCAUUGACAGGGUGCUGAAAAGACACCAAAUGAAUAUGAAGCAGCUGUACACUGUUCCAUUUGAAAGAAAGAGUGAAGGAGCUGCGCUACCACAAAGGUGUCUAAGUCAGAGAGAAAAAAUUGUGCUUUUUGGGAAAACAGGAGAUGGCAAAAGCAGAGCUGGAAAUACAAUUCUCAGAGAAAAAGUUUUCAUCCCUAAAGCUUCAGCUAAUUCUGUUACAGAUCAAUGUGAAAGAAGGCAGAUGAAGGUUCAUGGCAGAAAGAUCACAGUGAUUGACACACCUGGAUUCUUUGACACGGAUCAUAAUGAUGAGGAGACAAAAUCUGAGAUUGUUAAAUCUUUGAUUGAAUGUGCUCCUGCGGUUGAUGCCUUUAUCAUUGUUCUAAAGGUCGGAAGACACACAAGACACGAAAAUGAAGUGGUACAGAAACUCCUGAACACACUGAAUGAGGACGCCUUAAAACGCGCAGUUAUCUUAUUCACUUUUGGUGAUCAACUAGAAGGCAAGACCAUUAAAGAAUUUGUGAAGGCCAGUUCACAACUACAGGAGCUGGUUGAUAAAUGUAGAGGUCGCGGUCACUUCAUCGACAACAAAUACAGGGAAAAAAAACGUAUAUGGGGGAACAAGAGCAACAAGGUUCAGGUGAAAAAUCUACUGAAGACCAUCGACAAGAUGGUGAAAGAGAAUGGCUGCUACAGCAAUGAGCUUCUUCAGAUGUUGGAGAAAGAGAUUCAAGAGGAAAGGAAAUUAUUCAUGAAAAAAUUCUUGAGCAGCAACAGGAGUGGAGCUGCUGGAGGAGGAAUCACUGGAUGGAAAGCAGCAGAAGAAGCUGAUUCAGUGUGUGACGCCAUGAUCAAGGCAGCACAGCUUAACUACAAGAAUGCAACGGCUCUGGUUGAGAAAGCA